GGUUUCCGCUGGCAGUGGCCAGGCUUCCGGCCUGCCUUUCCCCCCACGCCCCGCUCCCGCCAGCUGGGCUGCCGCUUGAGGGCUGGUCCCGGGCCUGAUCCUCAUCCUCCCGCACCGGGGCCGGACCCCCGGGCGGAGGCGGAGGGGCGGGGAACCGGGGCGGGUUGGGAGUCCGGCGGGGCCGGGCUCCCCCGCCGUGCCGCGGCCAUGCCUCUGGGCCUGAAGCCCACCUGCAGCGCCUGCCGCACCACCACCUCGUCCAUGUGGAAGAAGGGCGCGCAGGGCGAGAUCCUCUGCCACGGCUGCACCGGCCGCGGGGCCCCGGCCAACGCCGCACCGGUCCCGGGAGCCGCGGGAGCAGGAGGAGGCACCGGCGGGGGAGGAGGAGGUGGAGGAGGAGGAGGCUACGGCGGGCCCGGCUUCGCCAGCACCUCGGCCGCCGCCUCCCAGCAGAGCAACGGCGGGGGCGGGAAGCAGAGCAAGCAGGAAAUCCACAGGAGAUCCGCCCGGCUGAGGAACACCAAAUACAAAUCCGCCCCGGCCGCCGAAAAGAAAGUUUCCACCAAAGGCAAAGGGAGGCGACACAUUUUCAAGUUAAAGAAUCCCAUCAGAGCACCCGAGGCCGUGUCCACCGUCGUCACCGCCGAGUCCAUCUUCCACAAGGGCGUGUACUACCAGCUCGGAGACGUGGUCUCGGUGGUCGAUGAGCAGGACGGAAAGCUGUACUUCGCUCAGAUCCGGGGCUUCAUCCAGGACCAGUACUGCGAGAAGAGCGCCGCCCUGACCUGGCUCCUGCCCACCGCCGUCAGCCCCAGGGACCAGUUUGACCCCGCGUCUUACAUCCUAGGGCCAGAAGAGGACCUCCCCAGGAAGAUGGAGUAUUUGGAGUUUGUCUGCCACGCCCCUUCCGAAUAUUUCAAGUCCCGGUCUUCCCCGUUUCCCACGGUCCCCACCCGCCCAGAGAAGGGCUACAUCUGGACGCACAUUGGGCCCACGCCGGCCAUCACCAUCAAAGAGGCCGUGGCCAACAGCCUGUAACCCUCCCUUCCCGGAAAGCCUGGGCUGGCGGGCCCGAGAGAGAGAUGGACUCUUGCCGGGCCUCUGGGCCAGACCAGAAGCUUUCUUCUGCCCUGACCCAGCCAGAGGUCUGGUCCCCGGGAGAAUGUGAGUAAGGGGAAAUGGAAUCGUGUGGUCCGGGGGAGGGAGGGAGGGAGGGAGGGGAAGCACUUCCCAUUCCCAGAGGCCAGUGACGAGCGGGGAGCUCUGGGUGGGUCCCCGGCCGGCAGGCUCGGGGCCGACUUCAGCCUUCCGCAAAAAUGAUCGCUAUCCAGGAGGAGCAAUGUGAAUUCUUGCGCUCCCACAGCGCAUUAAAAGGUAUUUUUCACUGAACUCA